AUGGAUGACGACAUCGACGACAUCGCAGACGCUCCUAGUCGCGAGGAUCGGCAUAACAUCGAGUCCAGAACAUCAGCCAAAACGUUUGUUGAACCCUUUCCGGGUAAGCGAGCUGGUGAAGUCGUCGAAGACCAUGGCGCUGGUCCCAAUACUGAGCGCAUGGCAUACGCGAAGUCAGUUGGCAUCACGGAGAACGAGCCCUACGCCCCAUUCAAGUCCCAGCGCGAUUGGGAGUUUGCGCGAUGGGCGAAGACACGAGGUCCCGGUGCGACGGCUCUUACAGAUCUGCUGAAAAUCGAGAAGGUGAUGGAAUUGCUCGGGCUGUCCUUCAAGACGUCGCAGGAACUGGACAAACUCAUAGACCACCGUCUACCAUCCAAGCGGCCGUCAUUCGAGCGCUACGAGAUCGAAGUUGCCGGAGAGACCUUUGAAGUUUUCGCCCGGAACAUACUUUUGUGUCUCGAGGCGUUCUGGCGCGACACCGAGUUCGCGCCUCUGCUGGUCUUUGCACCAGAGAAGCACUAUGCCGAUGCAGACAAGACAGUUCGGGUGUAUUUUGAUUUGCAUACAGGGAAGUGGUGGUGGGCGACGCAGAAAGAGAUCGAGAAGACGCACCCCGGAGCAACAAUCGUCCCACUCAUCGUCUCAUCAGAUAAGACACAGCUGACGAUGUUCGGGAAUAAGGCGGCGUACCCUGUCUACCUCACGAUUGGCAACCUCCCCAAGGAGAUCCGACGCAAGCCUUCGCGUCGAGGCCAGAUCCUCCUUGCUUACUUGCCGACAUCGUCCCUAGAGCACAUCAAGAAUAAGUCAGCACGACGCCGAGCACUCGCAAAUCUAUUCCAUGCCUGUAUGAAGCGCAUCCUUGCGCCAAUAAAGAAGGCAGGCGUGGACGGGAUUCACCUCAUGAGUGGCGAUGGGAAGGUCCGUCGAUGCCAUCCGAUCCUGGCAGUGUACGUCGGGGACUACCCGGAGCAACUCCUCGUCACAUGCCGCAAGACAGGGGACUGUCCGAAAUGCCCAGCGCUUCUCGCUGAGUUGGAUGGCAUCCUGUCAGAGUCGGGGCAUCUACGGGACCCAGACGAGGUCUACGAAACCCUGUCCACCCGUUCCGAAGGGCCGGCUGCCUUUACACGAGCAUGCAAGGAAGCCCGGAUGAGGCCUAUUGUCGAGCCGUUUUGGGAAGACCUACCGUACGUCAACAUAUUCGCCGUGAUCACGCCCGACAUCUUGCAUCAACUCUACCAAGGUGUGAUCAAGCACCUUGUGUCGUGGUUGAAAGCGGCGUACGGAACGGAGGAGAUCGACGCACGUUGUCGGCGAUUCCCACCCAACCACCAUAUUCGCCUCUUCAUGAAGGGUAUAACAUCCCUACGCAAGGUGACCGGUAAGAUGCACGCCGACAUCUGCCGUUUCCUGCUGGGUCUGGUCAUUGGGCUUCCACUUCAUGGGGGACGCUCACCUGCGCGCCUUGUCCGGGCUGUGCGAGCGCUCCUCGACUUCCUGUACUUGGCUCAGUAUCCUGUCCACACAUCCGAAACGCUGAAGCUGCUCGACGACGCACUCAAGCGCUUUCAUGCGAACAAGAGUAUCUUCGUUGAGCUGGGUAUUCGGGAGCACUUCAACAUACCAAAGCUUCAUGCCUUACUGCACUACGUCUUCUCUAUCACUCUGUUCGGCACGACCGAUAACUACGACACUCAAUACUCGGAACGGCUCCACAUCGACCUAGCAAAAGAUGCGUACCGUGCAACCAACUGCAAGGACGAAUACCCGCAAAUGACAGAUUGGCUUGUCCGGAAGGAGAAGAUUGAACAGUAUGACGCCUUCUGCCGCUGGCGCGAAGAGACGAACGAGCGGAAUGCCGAGGAGGAGGAACACCCUGUGCCUGCUCCGAUUGAUCGAGACCAGGGGGCGCCAGGCGAAAGGACGUUGCAUAUCACCAUGGCUCGCUAUCCCUCAGUGAAAGCUGUCAAGUUCGACGGAGCCCUGCAAGACUACGGCGCCACAUACCUUCGCCCAGCACUAGCGCGGUUCAUUGCUCUGAAGCGGUAUCCUGGUAUUCGAAACACGACCGAGUUGGAACGCAAAGCUUCCCGAAUCCAACUCCACUUCAGGACUUUUCCGGUCUGGCACCGCAUCAAGUUCAGGCUCGAGGAUGUGCUUGGAUUCGGGGUCGGUGACGACUGUGCUGAUGCGAUUCACGCGCAGCCCCAGAGAUUGAACAAACGCGGUCGUCAGAUUCCAGGUCGAUUCGACACAGCGUUGAUCAGAGAUGCGGAUAAUGCAGGCCGUAGCGGCGUGGCAGGUUAUCGUGUAGGACAGGUUCGGCUCAUCUUCAAAGUGCCUCAAAACGCGCUCCAAGACCUCCUCCCCAAUGUUGAACAAGUCCCUUCGCACCUUGCGUACAUUGAAUGGUUCUCCCCGUUUACUAGACCUGACAGUAACCAUGGCCUCUACAAAGUCUCGCGAUCGUUGGAGGGCACUCAGCGCCUCGCAAGUGUGGUCGAGGUUAAGGAUAUCCGCCGAAGCUGCCAUCUCUGGCCCGAUUUUGGACCGGUGGCACCACGCGAAUGGACCAGCAGCAAUGUCCUCGAUCGGUGUUCUGCAUUUUAUGUCAGCGCCUUCAAUGAUAUACACGCGUACCAGGUCGUCUUCUAG